AUGGAUUUUCUAGGAUUCACCAUGUUCUUGUGUCUUGUUUCCGUGGCUUUCUGUCAAAAAACCAUGGAUAUCGACAUCGAUCUCCUUCCGAGACCUUUGAUCAUCGAAUACCCAGAACACCGACUGAAGAACAUGACGGAGGAGCUUCAUAUGCAAUGCACGAGUUGGAGAGUCGCGGGUGAAUCGAAUAAUUUGAGUCCAUGGAGAACGAUUCCAGUGGAAUGCGCAGAUUACGUGAAAGCGUACAUGUUGGGUCGGUCGUAUAAUUUUGAUCUUGAAAUGGUUUCGAAGGAGGCUGGAGUUUAUGCCAAGAGCCUGCAAUUGAAGGAUGAUGGAAUGGAUGCUUGGAUUUUCGAUGUCGAUGAGACCUUGCUCUCGAAUCUUCCCUAUUACUCCGAACAUGGUUUUGGGUUGGAAGCUUUCAAUAGUGCCCAAUUCGACAAAUGGGUACUCGAAGGGGUGGCACCAGUGAUCGAACCCAGUUUGAAGCUAUACGAAGAGGUUUUAAGGCUCGGGAUCAAGAUCAUCCUGUUGACAGGACGCAAUGAGGACAAAAGGAACGUUACCGUUACAAAUCUAAUGAAUGUUGGAUACCACAAAUGGGACCAACUCAUUUUAAGAGGUGACAAUGACCAUGGAAAAUCAGCCAUUGCAUUUAAGUCAGAAAAGAGGAAAGAGAUUAUGAUGGAGGGAUUUCGGAUUAUCGGAAACUCGGGUGAUCAAUGGAGCGAUUUAGUAGGUAAUUCAACAGCCAGCAGAUCGUUUAAACUUUCGAAUCCGAUGUAUCAUAUACCUUGA